GGGGAAGGUUGCUGCACCACAGUCCUCCUGCACCACCAACACUGCAGCAACCUUGUUUUUUUUUGUAUUUAAAACAACAAAUCCGCAAGUAUUGGCCGCCCGUCCACCUUGACGUGAGCGCAAGGUGUUCUUCCCAGACGGAGGCGGCGACCGCGGACACAUCACAGCCGGGACUGGCACUGUGGCACUGUGGCGAGGGCUUCGUAGCGGCAGUUACCGUAGCGUCGCACCGUGACCACACCAACAGCAAAAUUAUUAUACAGAAGACUCCAACAAAAUUAUGUGUGGUAGGAGUGGGCUCUAUUGCACUUGAUGUGGUGAGGUCAGCCACUUGUGCUACCUGUGUUGACGACUGGCUGGGGGCGUGGCGCCGCCUGAGGGCCGCCCAGCCAUCACAGACGGCCUUGUGGGUGUUCCCGUUGAUGCUGGUGUGAGCUCCGUCGGGCUGUGAUGAGUGGCAUCAUCGAGCAGUGACCAGGAAGCCGUCAGUGUCAUUACCACCUUUGGAGAUAUCUACGCCAAGUUCCGAGAGGGAGGCAUCUGCCCUAACUGCAGGAUGCCGUUCGACAAGGGCAAGAAGAGGAAGCUGAUCGACCAGUGCGGCCACGAGAGGUGCUACUCCUGCCUCUUCAAGUCCGAGACAUGCCCGAUAUGCGCCCUUCAAGCUCCUCCCAAGAAGCAGCAGCACUCCCAGUCUCGGACCUCUCUCUCUCCACCCACGGCAGGAGGCACUGGACGGUCCAAGCUUCUUACAAAUGGCACCUUUACAUCAUACUUCAAAGGAGGUGAUCCUGGCCUUCCUCCUGAGAGACCUUCCCCCUCUCGCUCAGUGUCUCCUAGAAGGAACACCCAUGUGUUACAAGCCCAUACCUCAAGUCCCCUUUAUGCAUCAUCCUCUCCUGUUGGUGUGAGUCACGGGACAUUCACACCCUCACAAUCCUUCAUGUGCUCUCCUGUGAGCAGCUCCGGGAGAGAGACAUCCUAUGGCACACCACCCACAUCCUCUCGCCUCGCACCCUUACCUGCUCCUCCUCCAAAGAGUUUGGGAGGGACGCCUGCCAGUGCUCGCCGGAGGGGGGGUGUCAGUCCUCGUGGCCCCCCCCUGUCCCCAUGGUCCAGACGUGUUCCUCGCCCUAACACCGUCAACGUGGACUCCUCACAACACCUAACAGCUCUCCUCUCCUCGGCCGAAAAGAAGAGCUCCAAAAAUAUAAGUCUAGCUCGCAGGAUAAAAUCCCUUUGGAGUAUAGACGACGAGUGUGACGGGGAUACAGAAGCUACAAGUGGAGGAAGUGGUGAGGCAACAGAGGCCAAGGAUGGAGAAGAUCUUUACAUGCGCCUUGGACUGCUGUUGGGUGAAGGAGCCACCCCACCAACUUCAGCUUCUAGGCCUCCCAGAGCUGCCUCCUCUCAUACCUCAUUUAGCUCAUUGUCAGCAUCCUCCGAGGUGAACACAACAGCUUCAAAUAAUACCAGUCCAGUUUCAACUUUAAAUGGAUCUUCUGAAGCUGAACUGAGGCUUCCAGGUGGCAGGGAUCCAUCAGUGGAAAGCAUGAAUUCCUUCAUAUCCCAUGGAGCCAUGUCAUCUAAUGCAUCUGCUUCUCCCACCCCCACGCCACGAAGACACUCAGUUACCACCUCACAGCCGGGCCAAGUGGAAGAGUUAAGCUUGUUUGGGAGGCGGAGGUCCUCCGUCCGACGCUCAGCACGUAAUGCACAUGUGAAAGGCCCGAUAGACCCCAAAGUGCGAUUUGCCAGUUACCGUGGUGCACAGCUGAGCUUACGACCACUCUUCUUUGAAGUGCCACAGCAGGACCCAGACCCCAUAUUUGUUGGUCGUGCCUGGCUUUAUCGAGAGAUUGAAGCGCACCUCACUGCUGAGGCACCAACAAACAGAGGUGUCAUUGUUACUGGCAGUGUAGGUGCAGGGAAGACGGCUGCUAUUCUCCAGUUGGUCGAGUACAGUUGCUUUGGCCGCAAGAGGGAUGAAUCUAUCUACCAAGAUCCAUACAGCAAAGGUGGUGGAUCACUGUACGGCAGAAUGAGUUUAAUACCAGAAGGUGUAAAGUCCUUGGCAUCCAGAGUUGUUGCUUAUCAUUUUUGUCAAGCUGAAAAUUCUGUUACUUGUCUUGUUCCUGACUUUGUUCACUCCAUUGCUGCUCAACUGUGCCAGGCGCCACAGCUCCAUGCCUACCGCGACCUGUUAUUGGCCGAGCCUCAGACACAGGGACUGUUGGCACUGCCGGCAUGUGUGAGUGAUCCAUCAACAGCACUGGUCAAAGGUAUCCUAGAGCCCCUCCAUAAUCUUCGCCGCCUAGGUAAAGUGGGGGCAGAUCCACUAAUAAUUGUGGUAGAUGGCAUAUGCGAGGCUGAAUACCAUCGUCCAGAUCAUGCUGAUACACUCGCUUCAUUCCUUGCCCGCUAUGCUGUUAAAUUGCCAUCAUUCAUCAAAUUGAUAGUUAGUGUUCGUACACAAUUGGCUGACCUGACACGCCUUUUGCCUUUCCAUCGAAUCUCACUUGAUCCUGAUCAGCGUGCUGACCCUGCAGCUGAUCUUGCUGCCCGUGAUCUCUGUGAUUAUGUCGGCUUCCGUUGUAUGCAUUCCCCUACUAUAAGAUCAAAUAUUACAGUCACACAAGGGAAGAUAGAAGGAGGCUCUUCUCAGCAUCGCUUUACUCAAUAUGUGGUCUGCCAGAGUAAAGGCUCUAUGCUAUACAUCAAGCUCAUCUUAGAUCUAGUUGAGCGGGGUCAUCUUGUCAUGAAAUCUGGCUCAUUCAAGGUUCUCCCACAGUGUCUAAAUGAAAUUUUCCUUCUCCUAUUCAAUCUUAGAUUCCCCAGUGUGAGAAGCUUUGAAAAGGUUCAGCCAAUUCUGAAUGUAGUUUUAGCAUCUCUUAACCCACUUACACUCCCAGAAAUUUAUCAUUCUGUUAAUGCUGGUCUUCUCUACAAGUUCCUGUCCUGGGAUGAAUUUCUCAAUUGUUUCAAAGUGCUAAAUUCUUUCCUGGUGAAAAGACUUGACGACACAUACAUGCUGUUUCACCCAGCACUUCGUGAAUGGCUAGCAAGACGUGUUGAAGGAGAAUCUGCCAAAUUUGUCUGUGACACGAGAGCUGGUCAUGCUAACUUGGCUCUGCGUAUGUCUCGACUUGAGUGGCCAUUGGAUCCUGAAGCCUCCUUAGAAUUAGGUCACCACAUACUGAAAGCACAUGUCUACAAGAACAUGGCACGAGCUCUUCCUCUAUCUCCCCGUGAUCUGCAGGCACUCUGGCUUGCACAGUCUUCACACAAUGUGUCCCAGGCACUCGCAUGCACCAGAAAUCUCUACAGUCCUAAUACUAAGGUCUCAAGACUGUUACUCCUUGCGGGUGCCUCGCCAGACUACCCAAGUGAACACCUCCACAACUCUCCCAUCAUAGGGGUAUGUGCUCAUCAAGGGCACACAGAGAUGGUGGCACUUCUCAUUGAGUUUGGGGCAGAUGUAAAUCAGACAAAUAGUGAAGGUGUAACAGCACUGGGCCUUGCAUCUGCACAGGGUCACUGUGAUGUGGUAAGGCUCUUGGUCCAGGCCGGAGCAUCACUCACGUCCAAGGAUCGACAGAACCACACUCCAAUGGUCCAAGCAGCUGCUGCAGGCCAUCUCAACGUAGUUGGUUACCUGCUGUCCUGUGAUUGGCCAGGACCAAAUGAUCUGUUAAUAAAUCAGUCACAUCAAGCUCUUGUUGCUGCUGCUUCCAAUGGACACAGCAAUGUUGUAGAGUUCCUUUUGGACAUGGCAGAAGUUAGUGUAGAUGGUGAAGACAAUGUGACCGGGGAAACAGCUCUCACAGUUGCUGCUGGUGCAGGACAUACAGCAAUGGCAGCAGCAUUACUAAGGGCUGGAGCCAGUAUAACCAAAACCAACUCACGAGGUGCUUCACCCCUCACCUGUGCUGUGCGCAAUGGUCACUAUGAAGUGGCUAAAUUGCUCCUGAGCCAAGGUGUUGCAGUAGAAAGCCCAGAUGCUGCUGGCCGAACACCUCUCAUGGUAGCUGCUGCCGAAGGACACCUUGGACUUAUGGAAUUAUUAAUCUCACGUGGUGCCUCUAUAAGUCGGACAGACAGAGAAGGUCUCUCUCCACUGGGCUGGGCUUGCCUGCGUGGCCAUGUUCAUGCUGUCCAGUAUCUAGCAGACUGUAGUGCUGACCUGAAUCAUGCUGACAAGUCUGGUCGUACACCACUUGAUCUUGCUGCGUAUCAGGGUGAUCCUAUUGUUGUGCAGUUCCUACUUGAUAGAGGAGCGUUGAUAGAGCAUGUGGAUAUCAAUGGUAUGAGACCCCUAGAUCGUGCAAUCAGUGCCCGCAAUGCCGCAGCCGUGCAGUGCUUUCUGCGACGCGGCGCUAAGUUGGGCCCUGCUACGUGGGCAAUGGCUGCAGGAAAACCAAAUAUAUUGGUGAUGUUACUUAAUAAGCUGCAGGAGGAUGGAGUAGCAUUAUGCCGUAAGGGCCGCUUGAAAGAGGCUGCCCACCGCUUCUCUUAUGCCCUUCGCAAGCUGCCAACUGGAGAUCAGGGCGAACACACGGCCACCUUUACUCAUCUCCGUCUACACCUUACACUCAAUCUCUCACGCUGCAAAAGAAAAAUGAAUGAAGUAGAAGAGGCCAUCCAGCUAGCAGAUACAGCAUUGACAAUAAAGAGUGACUCAUAUGAAGCAUACUAUGCUCGAGCCCGAGCUAAACGUGAAGCAAAACAACUGCAGGAGGCUCUUGAAGAUGUGAAUGAAGCUGUGAGGUUAGCUCCUCAGACUCGUGAUGUGCGCCGUGUCCUCAUCAAGAUUCGUGAUGAAAUGCAAACAGAGAUGGAUACCUGUGCUUCUACUGAUCUAGCACAACUUCGUCAGCUGGCAGCUUCAGUUGACACCUUGUCUGAAGCUGACCUUCCCAUGACUUCUAGCAUUCUUUCUGAAUCUGGUUACUCUUCCAACAUCUAGUCAAAAUCUUCAGCUUGCGGCUUAAUGGCUCUUUUUGCCAGCUGUCAAAUUAAAUUUUCCAAUAGCAAAUAAAUAUUACACAGUAUAGGCUUUUAAUUUUAUCAGAACUUUGGAGUUAUUCUUUCAUGAUUAAAAUUAUUUUGAAGAGCAUAUAAAAAUGCAGCAAACAAUUUUUAAUAAUGACCUUGAUUUAAUAAUGUAUGCACAGUAUGCCAAUUCGUGUGCAAAUCUCUAAGCCAAGAUGUAUCCAGAAAUGACUUGAUAAUUAUCUUAUUUCCAUUGUUUAUUUGGAGAUGCAGAUUAACCCUAAUAAUUCCAUUUCAAGAAUUCCACUUGAUAUGAGACGUACCCAUAAGAUUGCAUGAGCCUUGUGAAAAAAACUUUAUAGUUCCAUGAUAUCCAAUCUUUCCUCAGUAGUAUUUGUCUAGAAUGUGCUUCAGUGAUGUAUAAGUAAUCUGUUGCAUUUAAUAUUUUUUUUUAUCAACAGUAUGUAUGUAUUUUGCUACUUACAAGCAGUGCUUGAUUAUUUCCAUUUGUCUUGUUUUUAUUUUCAAAAGGCUCAUGUUAGACAUUUUAUUUCCGGAUAGAGACUGUAUAUCCACACUAAUGGUUUGAUAACCAAUUGUGACUUACCUGAAGAAGCUGAAAGUCUCGCUUCAACAAACCUGCUGAGACUCGCUCGGUGUCAACCUCUUGAUUUGGACUCUUGUAAAAAUUGUUUUGGAGGCCAGAGCUUUAGCUUUACUGUUUUUGCAUAUAAUUACCUAAUCUGGCUCUUCUCUGGCCCCAUAUAUAAAUGUGAUGUGUCUAGCAGCUUUGAUCCUAAUGUAGCUCUUCCAUAAGCCUUCCUUUUCCCCAAAGAACUUGCAAAAUUAAAAUGUGAAAUGUUACAUAGGGGCCAGAUUGCUAGUGCACAUCGCUGUUAAGGAGAGUGGCUAGACCAGCAUGUAGACCCAUCAGCCCACUGUCUGUAGUAGGUGUGCUCACUCUCAUUCCAGUGUUGCUAAGUACCGUGGCAAAAUGACCUAUUUUACCACUUAACAAAAAUUAAGCAUUUUUUUAUGAUUGUUCCAAACAUUUUACAUUCAAAUUGUUAAAACAAUUGACAUUUAUUUUGCAAAUGAUGAUCAUAUACAUUUCAUGGAUUUUUCCCUCUACUUGGUAACACUGUAUUAUCCUGCAUGCCGAAGUCGUGGCUCUAACAUCCUUCAGAUUACUGUACCAUCUGUCUUAGUCACCAAGUGAAAAAGUAAAUGCUUGUGAUAUUAGAAAAUUAAAAAUAAAAUAAAAAGUGUGGUUAUACCUAGAUCAGUAUGAAAUUCUGAAUGUACGUAUGACUGUAAUUUUUUCAUUUGCUUGGAAGCUUAAUUAUGAAUGACUGGGAAUGCCUGGAUUAUGUAUGCUAGCUUCCUGUUUGCUUGUGAUAUAUUAAUGCCCAACUGUGUUUAGAUACCUUAUGGUAUCACAGAAUAAAUAAAGAAAUCUGUAAUAUCUGUGAUAUCAUGAUGUGAUUCAUGUAGGAAGGAAGCAUGACAUAAAUGUUUUGAUGUUCAUUGUGUUUUAUAAUUUUUCAUGUUUUCACUAUCAUUCAAAUGUCCCUAGUAUUUUCAGUUCUUCACUGUUAUCAAUAAUCAGUCUUCCAGCAUCUAAGUGUUCGUAGCAGUGUGCCUAUUGACAUGGUCAGUUUUAUGCAUGUUUAUACUUUGUGUUGUGCUUCCAUCUUGUUUCCCCCCCGGAGUGUUCCCUUGUGAGUACUGCUCGUGACCUGGCAAGGUGAGAACCAAUUUCGUAACCAGAAACCACAGAUGCCAGAGCUCAUCACCGACAUUUCGGGGCUUCAGCAGUGCAUGUCUGAAAGAGCCUGCUCUCUGGUUUCUGCUGGUAUUGGCUUUUCUCCCCCUGCCUUACUUUUUUUUUUAUUUGGCAUACUAAGUUAAUAUUUAUUGGCUUUCCGAAUUGGCUUCACAGUGUUCACAGUCUACAAUAGUCAACUGGAUAUAUCAACUCUGGCAUGACCCCACUUAUUACAAAAAUACAGGUAGACCUCUUUAAAUGUGAAAGAGGGCUUUUCUGAUUGUACAGACACCAUUCCUAUAUGCUGAUAUAUAGGAAACGUAGGUUAACAGAAAGACUACACAGUUCUUGUGUAGCAGAACAUAGAAAAUUGGGGUCAUUUGCUUAGACUUACUGUGUGAAUUCUAAAUUCUUCAUUGUACAGUAAACAUAAGCAAGAAAAAGGUAUAGGGAUUAUGUAUAGUAUGAAUGACGCCCACGGCGGAAGUUGCUAGUCAUUUUUAAUAGAAUUAAGUGAUGGUGAGGACAGGCAUAUAGCAAAAUAAAACUUGUAUAAUGAAUGUAUAGUGUACAAACACCAAUAGCCUUAUAAUUGACCAUUUUUAUCAGUGUUUAGAAUUUAAGGAUGAAACUUUUUACAUUGUAAUAUCAAGCAUCUCAUAAUUGUGAUCAAAAUUUGUUAGUAUUUCCAACAAUAUCAUUAAUCUAGGGGCUAAUUUCAUAUCUACAAAUGCCUCUGAUGUUAUAAUUUUGACUUUCGUGGAAAAAUACCUAAUUUUUUGUAAAAUCAGUUUUCAUGAUCUCACUCUUACCAUUCUUCUGAUCACCUUCACUGCCAAAUUUUGUUAUUCUAGUAUCUCAUGUUAUGAAAUGGUCUGCUAUAAAAUAAAUAUAUUACGGUUAA